ACAACGAACACACUGACCUUCGUAUAGUUGCAUCCACUCAAUUCGUCGGAUGACGAUGAGGAGCUGGUGGAUCCAUUCGGGCCAGAGCCUGAAUCGAUCCUGUUCUCGCGUUUGGGACCAUAUAAUGUGGUCUCUGUGGCCUUGGACAAAGAAUCAGAGCCUACCAUGGCCUAUCCACGUACAUAUAUGGACAAUAGGCGGUCUCUUACUUCAAUGGUGAGAACGUCACCCACUCAGAUUUAACCGGGCUGUCUCUUACA